CUCUCUUCUUACAUCACAAAUCACACUAAACUAAUAGACAAAGAAAAAAAAAAAGAUACAAGUUCUCUACUGUUGUUGAUAAUGUCUACCACUGGACAGAUCAUUCGAUGCAAAGCUGCUGUGUCGUGGGAAGCCGGAAAGCCACUGGUGAUGGAGGAAGUGGAGGUUGCUCCACCGCAGAAACACGAAGUUCGUAUCAAGAUUCUCUUCACUUCUCUCUGUCACACCGACGUUUACUUCUGGGAAGCUAAGGGGCAAACACCGUUGUUUCCUCGUAUCUUCGGACAUGAAGCUGGAGGGAUUGUUGAGAGUGUUGGAGAAGGAGUGACUGAUCUUCAACCAGGAGAUCAUGUUUUACCCAUCUUCACCGGAGAGUGUGGGGAUUGUCCUCACUGUCACUCCGAGGAAUCCAACAUGUGUGAUCUUCUCAGGAUCAACACCGAGCGUGGAGGGAUGAUUCACGACGGUGAAUCUAGAUUCUCCAUUAAUGGCAAACCCAUUCAUCAUUUCCUUGGGACUUCCACGUUUAGUGAGUACACUGUGGUUCACUCUGGCCAGGUCGCUAAGAUCAACCCGGAUGCUCCUCUUGACAAAGUCUGUAUUGUCAGUUGUGGUUUAUCCACUGGGUUAGGAGCUACUUUGAAUGUGGCUAAACCCAAGAAAGGUCAAAGUGUUGCCAUUUUUGGACUAGGUGCUGUUGGUUUAGCCGCUGCAGAAGGUGCUAGGAUUGCUGGCGCUUCUAGGAUCAUUGGUGUUGAUCUCAACCCCAGUAGAUUCGAUCAAGCUAAGAAAUUUGGUGUGACCGAGUUUGUGAACCCAAAAGACCAUGACAAACCAGUCCAACAGGUGAUCGCUGAAAUGACCAAUGGUGGGGUGGACCGGAGUGUGGAGUGUACCGGAAGCGUCCAGGCCAUGAUCCAAGCAUUUGAAUGUGUUCAUGAUGGUUGGGGUGUUGCGGUGCUGGUCGGUGUGCCAAGCAAAGACGAUGCAUUCAAGUCUCAUCCGAUGAAUUUCUUGAAUGAGAGAACCCUUAAGGGUACUUUCUUUGGAAACUACAAACCCAAAACUGACAUUCCCGGGGUUGUCGAAAAAUACAUGAACAAGGAGCUGGAGCUUGAGAAAUUCAUCACUCACACAGUGCCAUUCUCAGAGAUCAAUAAGGCCUUUGAUUACAUGUUGAAGGGAGAGAGUAUCCGUUGCAUCAUCACCAUGGGUGCUUGAAGCCAUUCUCUUGCCAAUUCCGGUGUCUACUUGUGUUUUAGUUGCCUUUAUGCACUUACAGCAAUAAAAGAAACACAUCUCCUAGUACUUUUGGUUUUCUACUCUGUCUCAAGUUAGUCAAUGUCGUGUCUCUAAUCUAUUACGUAUCGUUGUAAUAGAGUUCCUAUAGAGAUUUUAAUAUAUAUAAAAAACUAAAGGAGAUUUCCUUUU